GAGCUGGUUGCCAUAUCGCCGGAACGACGUAAUUGGCGUGGCAUAUUUAUAGCCUUACUGGUAAUAGCAGCAGUAUUCAGCCUCAUAAUUUUCUCCAUUUUCCUGCUGUCGCCAGAGGAUGAAGGGCUGCGCAUACGCGGACGCCCAAUGACGCUCGCUGAUAUUUUAGGCAAAAGCUUAAAAUGGAAGCCCUUCAAUGGCACUUGGAGCAGUG